UGUAAGAAGCCCUCACAAAGUGAACAUCUUGUAUAGGGAUACAGCACGUGUCCUGUGUGGCAGGGUCGUACUGUGCUAGUGAUGCUCCUGUAUCAGAGGUGGGCCUGGGUCAAGGGUGGAAGGGCUGACAGAGGAUUUGUGUUGAAGGCUGCAUCACAGUGUUUUAUUUUUGGCAGUGGGACCCAUCUGACCGUCAUUGGUCAGCCCAAGUCAGCGCCAUCUGUCAUACUGUUUCCGCCCUCCCAUGAGGAGUUCAGUGCCAACAAGGCCACCCUGGUGUGCCUCAUCAGUGACUUCUACCCCAGCAGUUUGACUAUGGCCACUGUCACCCAGGGUGUGGAGACCACUAAGCCCUCCAAACAGCAACAACAAGUACACAGCCAGCAGCUAACUGAGCCUGUCACCUGGCCAGUGGAAAUCUCACAGCAGAUUCACCUGCCAGAUCACAUAUGAGGGGAGCACCAUGGAGAAGAAUGUGGUCCCCGCAAAGUGCUCUUAGGUCAUGAGACCCCCACCCACCUAAUGGAGUCUAGAGCCAUGGGAUUUCCAGGAACGACACCCCUGGGACUAGUUCAUUCCAGCCAUUCACCCAGUACCCAAUCCACACUCAAUAAAUUGUGUAUAUUCAAUCAAAAA